ACCGGGGUUGUGUGUGUGUGUGCUCACAUCGGCAACUGUUUGAUUCCUCUAGCUGAUCAGAUGCUUCAUAGGGAUGUUACCAGCAACCUGUGUUCCUGACAAGAGACAUUGACAUUCUAACAACAUGAAAAAGCACAGGCCUACAACACUGUAGACAGGCCUAGAGUGAGUCAGGUCAAAAGUUCCGUCGAGGCUGAGUCGUUGUCUAAGAGCUGGAAGUGUACGAAUGGGAAAAGGGCAUUAGUCAAACUGAGAAGACCUGCAGAGGGGACUUUGGUGGAGGGUGGUCUGCCUCACGAAGCUGUGAGGCCUUACUGAGAGUUGUUUCAACAGUUCUAGAGGUCCUGUAGGGUGAACAAGCAUGAAUCCCAUAUGGAACGUGUACAAGAGCAAAGUGCUGAAGACCCUGAACCCGGACCUAGAGGAGUACACGGAGGAAGAGGCCAAUAAUGCAGAGAUUGACAUGAGCCCUGUCCAGGAGGAUGAGGGACCCAACUCAGUGUCUCAGCUGGCCAAGAGAAUGCAGGGUGCCGGGGCUAAAGGUUGGAACAGGAUGUCAGCACUCUUCAACAAAGAGGAUGAGCACCAGCUAUUGGAGGAGACUGAGAGCCCGCCUGUCCCAGACCAUCCACUAGCAGUGAUGCCUGAGGAGCCGCAGAGACCGGCCAGGCCCUCAGGAUUCUGGGGUAGCUUCGCCACCAACUGGAAACAAAUGGCCACCGCGAAACAGGCUGAAGCAGCAGGAAACGAGACGGGCACGGUGGAGGAGGGUCAGGAGGCGGUGGGAGAGGGAGCUGGUGAGGGAGGAGGGGGGGAGAGUUACCAGGAGGAGAACGUGGAGGGAGAGCAGAGUCAAGAUGGAGGAGGAGGGAGCAACACUAGCUUCUCCAAAUACGCCAUGCUGGGAGGAGGGAGCGAGAACACACCCUUCAAGUGGAACUUUGUCACAGGCAAGCUGGCUGAGUUGAAGACCAAGAGCAUGUCUGGCCAGCAAGAUUAACAAGCCAGCUGUAAGGGG